AUGUUAAUGGGGAAAAUCAGUGUACUUAUUUAUGUUCAAAGCAAAAAACAUUGGACUUUGUGUAAAAACGCAACAAUGCAUGCACUUUUUCUAUGUAAUAAACUUUAAUUUUCACCGUUUUAAAAAAGGCUUAUUAUGGAUUUCAAAGACACGAUGGACAAUGGAACAAUUCAAUCUUCAUGCAACCUGACAAGUCCGGAUUAUAAUCAGUCCAACUGCACCGUGUCUCCACCGUGGAUGUUCCACCCCGACUUUUACAUCUGGCUACCGGUGAUUUACUCAAUCAUCUGCGCCGUGGGGCUCACGGGCAACAGCGCCGUCAUUUACGUGAUCCUGAAGGCGCCUAAGAUGAAGACCGUCACCAAUUUAUUCAUUCUGAAUUUGGCCAUCGCUGACGACCUUUUCACAUUAGUACUGCCCAUCAAUAUCGCCGAGCACCUGUUAAACUACUGGCCGUUUGGAGAGAUUUUAUGCAAAGUGAUUCUGUCCAUAGACCACUACAACAUAUUCUCCAGCAUCUUCUUCUUGACCGUGAUGAGUGUGGACCGGUAUCUGGUUGUAGUGUCCACUCUGAGCUCCAAACGGAUGCCCUACCGGACCUACCGGUUGGCCAAGACGGUCAGCCUGAGCGUUUGGGCUCUGGUCAUUCUCGUCGUGAUGCCCUUCACCGUUUUCGCCGGUGUUUACGUAAGUCCCGAUGAUGCGGAGAGGCGGAAGAGCUGCGUUUUGAGUUUCCCGAGUCCGGAGAGUUUCUGGUUCAAAGCCAGUCGGAUUUACACACUGGUCCUCGGGUUUGUCAUUCCCGUCUCGACCAUCUGCAUCCUCUACACCGUGAUGCUCUUCAGACUGAGACGAACGCGCCUCAGCUCAAACGGAAAGGCUCUGGACAAAGCCAAAAAACGAGUCACGGUGAUGGUCUUCAUCGUGCUCGCCGUUUGCUUGUUCUGCUGGACCCCCUUUCACCUGAGCACGGUGGUCGCCCUCACUUCAGACUUGCCCACCACCCCGCUGGUUAUAGGUAUCUCUUAUUUUAUCACGGGACUGAGUUACGCCAACUCGUGUCUCAAUCCGUUUCUUUACGCAUUCUUGGACGACAGUUUCAGAAGGGCGUUUAAGAAACUGCUGGAGUGCUGAAACCUUUUAAACUCCAUCAA